GGCUCAAUUUUCUUCUAUUGCCAAAAAUGAUGUGGAAACAUCAUCAUGGCACUACCAAUGCAAUGAGUGCAACAAUUUUAACAGGAGCGAAAGCUACUCAAAGAGUAAGUUAUGUUCUUCAGCCAUUAUAUUCAUCUUCUUGCUUUGUAAGACAUGCUUCCAUUAAUUCUGGCAUAAACCGUGGGCUUCGAAAGUCUAAAGGAGUUGGGUUUAGAGGGAAGGAUAAAGUUCGUUCCAGCCGAGACGACGAUGGUGGCGGCCGAGGGUUUCAAGUUCCUGGAUCAAAUUCAUAUUCAAAGCCGCGGCAGGAUAGGGGCUUUGGCGAUGACUUCGGAGGCAAGAACAAAUCCAUGCACACAAGAUUCAAGGGUACUGGCCGGGACGAUGCAUUGAAGCCAGAGUAUAAGACACCUUCUCCCUUUGGGAAUCGCCAGGGCAGGGAAUACUACAAGGAGGGAAAACCUGAAAAGUCACAGGGAUUCCGGGCCAAAAAUUCGUAUGAGGGAGAAUCUUCUGGAAGGUACAACGAAUCACGAGGUAGCAAAGUUGGUUACGAGAAGAAGUCUUAUGGUUCUUUCGAAGCUCGGGAAGAAACCUCUGGCUAUGAAAAAAGGCCUUUCAACAGAUCCCAAGAGCUUCCAGAAAGACGUCGUUUCGAUGAGAAAAAUUAUGAGCGCAAAUCCCGUGACAAUCGUUCUCAGAACGAGCCAAAAUCUUACUCAAACCUUGAAAGGGCGAACAAGUCUUUCGGGGUAGGGCGUGACAGCUCAACAAAAUGGGGCAAGGGCCAUGCAUAUCCUUCAAAAUACCCUUCCCGCGAAGAACGACUAGCCACGAAAGCCACCAGAUCUGAAUUAUCUACAGAAUCCCCUCGCUCGGAGCCUACCUCAGAUCCUUCCUCGGAAUCUCAUUCCAAUUUUUCUCCACCCAGAAUAAGUUCUGCUUUUGCCCAAAAGAUGCCUAUCACUAUACCAUACACGACACCAGCUUCUGAGUUCCUGUAUGGCACAUCUGUCGUCGAAGCCGCCUUGAAUGCGCGACGCAAGAGAAGUAGAAAGCUCUACAAACUUUACAUUCUCAAGGGUGAAGAUCGCCAAAAUGGAGAGCGAGACGGUGCUAUAGCAAAAUUGGCUCAGAAGAAAGGAGUUGAAGUUGCUAUAGUAAGAGGGCACGAUUGGCUACGAACCCUAGACAAGAUGAGUCAAGGCCGUCCACACAACGGAUACAUACUUGAAGUUUCGCCUCUACCUCGCCUUCCGCUCAUGAGUCUUGGCUCAAUAAUCGACCAGGAUGACAGCUUCGCCAUCAAACUUACCCCUGACCACCAGUCCCGCGAGGAAAUCGAAGUCAACGGCAACGAUACCAUAAUCAAAGUCGCCAAAGAUUCCACUGGUCGUAAACCCCUCAUUCUUCUCCUAGACAGCAUAGAAGACCCCCAAAAUCUCGGCGCCAUCCUACGCACAGCACUAUUCAUGGGCGUAACAGCCGUCGCGAUCUCCACCCGCAACAGUGCUUCCUUCACCCCUGUCGUCUUCAAAGCAUCCGCCGGCGCCGCCGAAAACAUCGAGAUCUUCUCCGUAAACAAACCCGGAGGAUUCGUCACGGGUUCCCAAGCCGCCGGCUGGAAAAUCUACGCAGCAGUAGCUCCACCUGCUCCUCGGAAAGCAGACUCGAGGCACAUGUGGCCCCCCACUUCUCAAGAAUUCGUCUGGACCCACGACCUCCAAGAUCCCUUACGAGAUGAUCCUUGUAUCUUGAUGGUUGGAGGCGAAGGCGAGGGUCUGCGCAAAGCUUUGAGAGAUCAUGCUGAUGUGCAUCUUUCGAUCAAGGGUGCAGGUAACCGUGGCAGGCUGGAUAGUUUGAAUGUUAGUGUAGCAACCGGCAUGUUAUGUGACGCGUUCAUGAGACAAACAACUCGAAAAACUGUUGAGGAAGCAGUUCAGGAAGUUGAAAAGGAAUCGGAAGAGUUGGAUGAAAACCAGCUCUUCUGAAAUGUAUAAAUAAAUUAGUUGUUUUACACAAACUCGCAACUUCUGUAGAAAACUGGUACUCGGAGCUAGAGCGAAUAAUAUAAAAAGUUUAGAUACCCCCA